AUGAAAGCGAAGGAGAACAUGUCUUCCACUUUGAUUCUCUCGAUCCUCUUCGCCGUCGUGCUCGUCGGACUUCCGAUUCCUUCCUCCGCCUCUAAUCGCCACGUCAUCAACUUCCGAUCGCCGGGUCUUUAUCCGGAGGGACUAACCUGGGAUCCAUCGGAGCAGCACUUCAUAGUCGGGUCUCUCCACAGCCGUACGAUUCAUUCAGUCUCCGACGCCGGCGUCGUCCACUCUCUAAUUUCCGAUCCCGAUCUACCGGAAAACUCCACCAUCCUUGGUCUCGCUGUUGACUCUACUAAUCGCCGUCUCCUCGCCGCAAUCCACUCCGCGCCGUCUCUACUUCCUUUCAAUGCUCUCGCAGCCUACGAUCUCCGCACCGGCGGCCGUCGCAUCUUCCUCUCUCCUCUCCCGUCUCUUGCCGGAGACGAUCAAGAGAUUGCUCGCGAUGUAGCCAAUGACGUGGCGGUUGAUUACAACGGCAACGCUUACGUCACAAACUCUGCCAAAAACUUCAUCUGGAAAGUCGAUCGCAACGGAGUAGCAUCGAUCUUCUCGAGAUCGCCGUUGUUCAAUUCGCAGCCGGUGGCGGCAGACGCAGAUGAAACAUUCCGCGAUUGCGGUCUCAACGGGAUCCUGUACAACAGUAAAGGAUACCUCCUUGUGGUGCAGAGUAAUACAGGAAAGAUGUUUAAAGUCGACGAAGACAGCGGAACGGCGAGGCUGGUGCUGCUUAACGGUGAUUUGGUUGCGGCGGACGGGAUGGCGAGGAGGAGGAGAGACGGUACGGUUAUGGUUGUGUCACAGAAGAAGCUUUGGUUACUUAAGAGUCAAGAUAGUUGGAGUGAAGGAGUGAUUUACGACGAAAUUGACCUCGACGUGGAAGGUUUCCCGACCGCGGUGACGGUGGCGGGUCAGGAUAGGGUUUAUGUGUUGUAUGGGAGAGUGAUGGAAGGUAUAAAAAGGGCUUAUAAAGACGGAGAAGUGAGGGAAUGGUUUGGGAUCGAAGAGAUUUCGUCGGAGAAAGAGAGUGGGGAAGAUAAGAUUUGGGUUUAUGUGUUGAUUGGACUUGGUUUUGCUUACUUUUGUUUCUGGAGGUUUCAGAUGAAGAGACUCAUCACAAACAUGGACAAAAAGACCAUUUAG